CCUUGUCACGCUAAAUUCAUAGCUAUUUAUAAAAUUGGAGUUAACAUAAGCAUGCUAGUGUAAAACAUGCAACUUGUAGGUUUAGUGAAGCGAUAUAAAAAUGUAAAAUCUAUAUUUAUAUCGAUAAUUAAGUAACAAAUCCCCUAAAGUCGUGGACUGGGUAACGAUGGCGGGUUAACCUUGCACAGUAUGGCACGACGCUCGCGUCGGCUAUGGCAACGCUCGCGUCCCCCGGGUAGCCAUGGCGACUCCACCGACUCCGGGCCACACCAUGCCCCUGUCAUCAGCGUUUAUUUACCAAUUACCACAAUGGACAUCGAUGUGGCUGUCUGCACGCACGAUUAUCGACGACCCGCACGAUAAAAUCAGCCCCGAAAUGUUAUUCAAGUUCAUUAUGGCGUAGUGCUUAGUUGCUGCAGUGUUCUCCAGGCGGCGGCAUGGUGUUUUGAUAGUUUUAAGUUUGAUUGGCAGCUCGGUGGAAAGUUUAAGCAUUUCCAAGUGAAAAGUGCAUGUUUCUAGAAAAGCAAUCCUCGAAGACAUGCUGUUGAAAUGUGCCAGCAUCAGUCCGUGUUCGUGACCGCGGCUUGCGUUGCGCGCUGCACUACUGCGCGUCGAGCGGGGCGGGUGCGAGCCAGGCGGCGCGUGCAGCCUGCGCCGACCGCGUGCUGAUGGCUGCGCCGGCACUGGCCAACGCGAGGGAUGCAGACGGCCUAACUCCACUCCACCUGGCCGUCGUACAUGGCAAUGUACCGCUGGUACAGACUCUCCUGGCUGCCGGCGCGGACGUCAACGCAAGAGACGAUGAGCAUCAUACUGUUGUCCAUUGGGCUACCGUUUGUGGGGAAGUUGGUGCGCUUCGAGCUGUGUUAGCGGCCGGUGCGGACGCGGCUACCUCAGACCAGCACGGCGGGUAUCCCUUGCACUACGCGGCGCAAAUGUGUGGUGCACCAGCUGCUACUGAUCACCAGAGUAGAGGGGCAGCUCUCGAAGUGUUGCGGGCACUAGUAAAAGAGGGCGGAGCAAGUGUAGACGUGAGGGAUGCUGACGGUCGAACACCACUGCUGUGGGCAGCUUCUGCAGGUUCAGCGGCUGCCGUGCUUGCCCUGCACCAAGCCGGAUCCAAAGUUGACGAUGCUGAUAGGGAUGGGUUGACAGCAUUACACUGCGCUGCGGCUAGAGGCCAUACCGAAGCUCUUGAAACAUUAGUCGGCUUAUGUGGAGCUCGAGUGGAUGUCGCAGACUCGCACGGCUGUACUCCACUGCAUUACGCCGCUGCAUUAGGCCACGCUGACUCAACAUCAGCUUUGCUACAACAUGGAGCUGAUUCUCAUCGCCAAGAUAGAAGAGGCCGCAGCCCUGCUCACACAGCAGCAGCCAAAGGACAGAUUGAAACUGUACGAAUACUCGGUGCUAGAGGAGCUAAUCUGUGGUUACGCAAUUCUAAAGGUGAUUUGCCCUUACAUGAAGCUGUUGCAUCAGGAAGGCGAGAGUUGGUUAAGUGGCUUUUGGACGGUAGGCCAUCCCAAGUCAAUGCUACCAACCACGAAGGUCGAACACCUCUACAUAUAGCAGCAGCUACAGAUAACGCAGAUUUAUGCCGUUUACUACUUGAUAGAGGUGCAGAAGUUAAUCUAGUAGCAAGGUCAUCAAAAAAUGAACCACUAACCCCUUUAGAUUGCGCAACCACCCGAGGGCAUCGAUCUACAGCUAAAUAUUUGCAAAUGCAUGGUGGUUUGCCAGCAUCAAAGCUAGCUAACACAGAAAUCGUAAUAGACGGAGCUCCAAUAACUGCAUUACCAACUCGAAAAGUAACCAGUACCAAAAUUGAUGUACGCGAUAGAAUAAGAAUAGAAAAAAGGGAAGUUGUUGAAAUAUCUAGUCCUGUUCAAGAAAGACGACGAAUUAAAAAUAGAAACGACAGUGAUUCAUCAAAUGAAUCGUAUACUGAUAAUAGAAAUCGUAAAAAAUCUGACUCACAUAGAUAUAGAGAUAAUAAUCAUAAAGAGAGAAGAAAAAGACUAAUGCAUACUCAAAAAAGCUUUAGCGAUGGUUAUGACAGUGAGUUUGAGGGAUAUGAACGAGAAGACUCAAGGGACAAUAAACAUAAAUCUUCUAAAAAGAAUAGAUCCAAAAGCGAACCUUCUCGACGGCAUAAACGUAGUGCUAAGCCACGGCAACGAUACCGAUCUCGGUCUGACAGUUCUUCAGAUUCUGAUAGCUAUUCUGAGAAAAGAAGAAGCAGACGCCAUCAUAGACGAAGCAAGCGAAAAUCGAGUUCUCCUUCAGAUAGUAGUAGCUCGGAGUCAAGUGAACGACGUAGCACAAAACGUAAAGGAAAAAAAACUUCGAUUCAUAUCGAAAAUGAUGAGCGAAAACAAAGUGUUAAUAUAGUUAAGUAUAAUACCGAAAAUGUUCAGAGCAAUGAAAAAGAUGAAAAUCUUGUAGUUGAUACGGAACCUAAAAUUGAAGGAACUAAAUCAGAAGCAGAAAAAGACGAAAGCAUAUUAAUUAAGAAUGUAGCACACAGUGAGACCGAAACGGACACUUUAUCUGUUAAAACAAACAUGAUCACUACAGAAGCUCAAAUCCAUAUGGAAAGACAGUCAAGCCAACAUGGAAAUUCUGAACUAAACGUCACUGUAGAUUCUAGUAAUAAUGUAUCUAUUGAGACUUCUAACCUAUCUGUUACUCAUAAAGAUUUAACAGAAGAAGCAAAAACACGAACUGAAAAUCUUGAAAUUAAGGAAAGUGAAAAAGAAGCCAUCGAGGAGCCAGCGGCUGAAAGUCCAAGUGUAGAGAAACAAAUACCACCAUCAGGGCCUGCAAACGAGUCAAGCACUACUGAUAAAGAAAACGCUUUGAGUGAAGGAAAAGAAAUGCAAUAUUCAAAUAUAAGUGAAAAUGAUAAAACUGAAGAAAAAAAAUCAGACGGCCAGGAAAAAACAGCAACCGACAAAGAAAAACCUGCAGACGAUGAAAAAAACAAUCAAACAGAAGGUUUAGAACAUAUACCACCCGUUGAACAAAGUAGCAAGGAGAAUAGCCCACGUUCGAACGAUAAUAUUAAAUCAUCUAGUCCGGAAGUAGAACUUACGCGAAGAAAAUCUUUUCAGGUGUUAUCAGGGCCAGAUGAAAAGUUGAUGCUAAGUAAAGACUUAUCCGGAGACUUGAAAACAAGUUGCGAUAUACCAAGUAUUGAGCAAACAGAAACUCAAGAGAAAAGUAAUUCUCCGAUAGUUUCAUUUUCAAAUAAAGAUGAGAUUAUCGAAAGUAAAGAAUCAAAUAACAAAGCUGAACAUUUAAUGGGGGAAUCGGUCGAUCACAGCUUUGACCCAGAAACAGACAAACAAAUUCAAGAUAGUAUUUUACAAAAAGAUAGUAGUGAAAGUAAUAUUAUAAGUUCAGAAGAAAGGAGAAAGGAGUUUAGUUCCACAACUGGCAGCAGUACUGAGAAUCAAAACUAUGACAAAGGCCUAGUUUCAGUGCUUGAUGAUAAUCUCUCAAGUAGUCGUGCAGUGCAACAAGUUAUCUUAGAAAACUUGUCUGAAGAGUUUGACGUCAAUUUGUCAUUGCCGCAGACCUCUCCAAAAAGAAUAAGAAAGAGUUCAAGAGAAAGUCAAGGUAGCAGUCGCAAAAGUAGCAUUUAUGAAACGGAGAGUUAUAAAGUACUAUCGGAUAUUGCUAGUGCGCCUGAUGUUACUACUGGGAUUCUAAAGAAAACCUCUGUAAAAUUAGAUGACGGUUCCAUGGAGGGCGAUAGAGAAUUGUUUGAUGCCGAUAAACCCACUAAAGAAGGGUAUAUGGGCCGUGUCCCUAGUGUUAGCGAUAAUGAGCUAUACAGUCACAGUGAAGCCAAUGGCCGGAGAAAACGUUUUCGUAAGAAAGGCAGAACGAAAAGUAGAACAACUAUUCGGUCAAAAAGUGAAAAUUCUGAAAGAGGUUACGAAUCCAGUGGUCUAAUGGACUCGGGGUUUGAACCCAGUCCAAGAGCUAUUCAGAGGCAAAUAACUAGCCCUCGUCUGGCAGCAUAUUACCAGCAACGUAAUGCUACUGGCAAGUAUUCCGGGAAAUCAGAUAGUAGGAUCCCUGUACGGAAGCCUGGAGAUAAAAAUGCCGUCGAUAUGAAGUCCGUUACUCAGAGGAUACAAACCAACAUGAGAAGAUAUUACUGCGAGAGAAAGAUCUUUCAACACUUAUUGGAACUAAAACGACUGCAAAUACGAACAAGUAAAACUAACGAGGCUGUCCUAGUGAAAAGAGCUAUCGAUGAAUACAAUAAAUCAAGUUUAGCCAACGUAGGCUUAGGUCCAUAUAAUACUCCUGAUUACUCAUUCAGCAGUUUUGAAAAGUUCCUCUAUGAAAGUUUGAGGAAGUUACAAAAGAGUGGGAAGAAACAUUUGGACAAGUUGCCAGAGAGGCCUAUCGACUUUGACUACGGAGAGAGUGAAUUGUAUAAAAUGAGUGCGAUCCCUGAUAACCCUUGCCUCUGUACCAGCAAAACUCACCGUUGCUUCCACGCUGUGCAUGCAUACACCGGCAUACCAUGUUCUGCAUACAUACCUUACAAGUGGAACCAUCACACAAUGCCAAAGCCUGCUACACCAGGGGGUGCGAAGUCUAAAGGAUUCCUGCCGAAGAUCAACUCUAAGCCGCCAUCUGGCACAGCCAAGGCUCAUGUCACUUUAGAAGUGUCUCAUGGAACUGAGAAACAAUUGAUAGCGCUGCCGGCUGAAAAACUGGACAAGAAUAAACGAUAUUACGUCACAUUUACAGUAAAGGGCUCCGAACCAACAUCUGAUAACGAUAACUCUUCUCCGAGCGCCACUUUGAAUACAAAGAGCGUCCGAACAGGUUGAUUGUGAUAGUAGUAUGCAGAAACACCCCUAAUCACUGCCAGCGUCGAAAUACUAGAACUAGGAUGAUAUUAUGAAGAUUACUGAGCUCUAUUUAUUUAUGUGAUUAGACUGAUUGAGUCCGUCCGUUGAAAAGUGUAUUUAUUUUUAUAAAUUUUAAGUGACAGUGGUAUAUUAUGUAUAUGUAACAGAGUCCCUAUUCUACGUAAGUAAAUGUUGUGUAGUCUUCCUGUUAACACGUUGUGAUGCACAGAAUUAAAUUAUGGAAAUGCUAUGUUGUAAGUUCGAUGAUUGUUGUCUGCACUAAAUAUUUUUGUCAAAAUACUCAAACCGUAAUAAAAUAAUUAUAGUAAGAUAUACGUUUUUCGUUUUUGUUCGCCUGCUGCGUAGCAACCUAUACUCUUCUAGUCAAAGGGUACACGGAACCCUAUUACUGAGGCCCCGCUGUCCGUGGUGGCCAGACAGUAAAAAAAAUCACUGAAGAUGUACAUGUAUUCUGUUGCCUUUAUAACAAGCCUUUCAUCAUACAUUUGUUGGUUGGUGAGGGGAAAAUCCAUUUAAGAGUGGGUACCUACAAUGUUAUUUGUUACUGACCGAUCCAAAUGGUUUUAUUUAUACCCAAGGUAGGUUCAUUGAAUCAGCUCUAAGUUUUACCAGUAUCUUUAAUCUUUUGAACGAUUUUUUCAAUUUAGGCGAGAUUCAUGCGAUUCAUCAUCGCAAAUGUUGUGUCUAAAAGUGAGAACGCAAUAAUUUUGUUAUGAAGUAACAUUUAAUAACCUAUUAAAAGUA